AGACUCUAUUCGAAUUUGUAGAGGUCACAGUCCCCUCGUGUAAGGGGAAGAUUCGAGCAAGACCCUCUGGGCUCCCUCCCACCUCCAGGAGCCCGAGCACUUCGACACCUUCCAGGAAUGGCCCGAUGGCUACGUGCGGUUCAUCUACUCCAGCGACGAGAAGAACGCGCAGAGACACCUCAGUGGCUGGGCCAUGCGCAACACCAACAACCACAACUGCCAGAUCCUGAAGAAGUCCUGCCUGGGGGUGGUGGUGUGCGCCAGGAGCUGCUCCCUGCCCGGCGGAGCCCAGCUGCAGCUUCGCCCGGCCAUAUGCGACAAGGCUCGGCAGAAGCAGCAAAAGAAAGCCUGCCCAAACUGUAACUCAGCCCUUGAGCUGAUUCCUUGCCGAGGACACAGUGGCUACCCAGUCACUAACUUCUGGAGGCUUGACGGCAAAGCAAUAUUUUUCCAGGCUAAAGGAGUCCAUGACCACCCCAGGCCAGAGAGCAAAUUGGAGGCAGAGGCAAGACGAAGUGCAAUUAAGAAACAAAUGUCUUUUUCUCACCAUUCCCAGAAAAAGAGACCUUUAAACUCAGAGGUAGGAAGAUACCAUGACAGCGGUGGUUACACCAGUAACCUACAGAAUCUGCUCUGCAUGGAUGGUCCAGAAAGGGUUGGUAUCAUCACAGACACCAAUUUUUCAAUUCCAGCCCAGUCUAAUUCUUCACUGCAAAAUGCUGACCUCUACAAAGCAUCUUAUGACUCAGCCACUUUCCAAGAGGACCAGCUAUUGCCAUACCCAAAGUGCCCCAAUCCAAGGAUCUACAUGCCCAGGCCAUGCAGCUAUGAGUUUGGAGUUCCCACCUUUAUGAGCUCCAGCCCUUACCCAGCAUUUUACAAAGAUGUGACAGGUCCUGCUAUGGAUGCCGAUCCCCUCAGUUUGAGUGGAUCUCACUACAACACUGCGACCACCCAUGAUAAGAGCUUUGAUAACCCUGGCAGACAUUACGGACUGAAAACAGCUUGGGGGAAAACUGGCGGCGGGGACUGGAGUGACUAUGGACAGAUGACAAUAAGCACUAACCACCCUUACUAUGGUGCAGACUACUCCUGCAGGUACAGUCUCAGCCCCUCUCCCAUAGCCCCACCAUUGCAAACUGUCAUCACAACUACCACCAAGGUAUCCUACCAGGCCUACAAGCCGUCCACACUGAAAUACAGUGACGACCUCUGCGAUAUGAAAAACCUUCAGAGCUAUACCCACAUGGCAGAAAAUGUCUCAGGCACUAUCUAUUCAGGGAUGAAGAUCCAGGAGGACUUUGGGAUGAUAAAGUCGGCGUUGCUCUACCAGCAUGACCCAGUUCCCACAAAGUCAGAACCAACUGAGAGUGUGGAGACCUAUCGGUAUGGGCAACCACUGGGGAACAGCUAUGAUGAGCACGAAGGCCAGAUUUUAAGAUUUGAGAGUGCUGAAUAUUGACUAAAUAUUGCCUAAAUGGUAAAUACACACACAUGGGAAAAUACAUUCUUGUGCUGACCACGUGCACACUAAGUCCAGUGGUUUGUGAUUUAAGGAGAGGUGAGGAAGAAGUAUAUCAUGACAACUUAUCUCCCAAAAAUGCCAUUCUGGAGCUGUGCUGAGUGAGGCAUAUUUCACACAAAUUUCAAAUGAACCCCACUUAAUCUCUAAAAUGGCCCAAGGAAUUGAGCCCCGAACAUGCCUGUGCGAAAGCAACAUGGAGGGACAGCACCGUUGAAAGUCAGCAGCCUCCUCUGAUGGGGGAUACAAAUUGCUUGUAGCCACAACUCCUGCCAGGAGCCUCUAACUUGGAAAAAAAACGCUCCAUCUGUAUAAAAGAAAAUGCUUAGCAGUUAAUGGAAAAAAAAUAGAUGAAGGAAGGUGGCUAUAGCUUAUAGUCAACUGAAAGAAAUAAAAGAAAUUGAAGCAAGUCCAUUUGCAAAAUAGUUUACCUCAAGGGUCCAUUCACCUGCCAUGAUCCAUUUAACAAAUAGAAAGACCAGCUAAGUUUCUCUGAAAUGAGAAACUAAAAACCUGCGUGCUAACUUCAUGUUGCUUUUUGAUCCCCUGCAUCAGGAGUACAGACUGUCCAACCUUUCUUUGCAAAAGAGGGAGGCCAGGCAUAGUCCCAUCACCACCACUAGGAACCCUGCAACACUUGACCUGGAGGCAAGACGUCUCAAGUGACCCCCACCAAGAACACCUGGCCUCACAUGGGUGUCAGGGUUGCAUAUUUGGUCAUGAAAAUCAUUACCAGUGAAACUGCUUUUUGUCUAAAGGGGUCAGGCAAGCUGGUCAGACUAAUACUGCACAGAUAUUGCUGCAGAAACCUGCAUCCUGUCAAAAAAUGCAGCAGCCUUGCUGCUUAGCAGUACAGGUUAGUGUUGAGCACACCUUUCCGGCUUGCCUUUCUGAACUGCACCUCCAUCAGAUCCUUCUCCUUCCUCCAAGGGACUUCUCCUAGCCAUUUUUUGCUCUGCAGUCAUAAUUCCCCAUGACAGCACUGUUCUUCCAGAAAUGAUGCAACCAGCAAACUGAGAGGUCAGAAAACAAGAUUUCUAGACACCCUGAGUUAAGCAAAAAAAAAAAAAGUAAGGACUUGCAUCCCCAAAUUCUCAGUUAAUUGAACUAAUUCUCCAGUAGGCCAAGAAGAAGGAAUGGAGCAGUAUUGCUGGUUUAAAACUUGGGUAUUUUGAAAGCUGCCUAGUACUGAGGAAUGGAAUCCGUAGCCAAACUGUGCAUGCUAAGCAAGAGAGCUGUGUAUACACACCUGGUCAGAGUGACAGAAUUUCUUAUUAUUAAGUUAUCAAGUAUUCAUACCUUUUUGGACAUUCAAAUAUUUUGGAUAAUCUGUUUUUUGUAUAUUUUUGCUAUGCUUUGAGUAACAGUAUGCUACUGUAUCCUUUCAGUAAACAUGAAAUUACAGUUAAAAACAAGGUACCAUGUAAACUGGUUGGCUUCGACAUAUAGAACCUUGUAAUGCUAUCAUCAAACUGCUAAACAAAUCUUACUUGCAAAGCACAGUGUACAAAUACCUGAGUUUUUAAAGUUAUUAUUUCUGGUGUAGUUUAUUUUAUUUUUGUAUUUUUAUGAAAACAAUGUGUGCACUCUGAUAUGUGAAACUGAGCCCCACAGGAAUUCAGUUAGUAGCAUCCUGUUUCAGUAGUGGAUUGUUCAGCAUUUUAAAAAUUCAAGCCACGUGAAGCUGGAAUUUACAAAAAGACUAACUGAAUUAAUUUUCAGCAAGCUUACCUUCUUUUAAGGUAUUUGCUGCAUACCUCACUUGCCUCUUAUUAAACUCUCCUGGCAAUUCUUCUACCAGGUGUUUUAAAUUACUGAAGGUGUUUUAAAUUACUAACAAGGAUCAAUUCAGGUGAGCAGCAUUAGUUUGAUAAUUAGCUCAUAUAGUAACCUUAAAAAAAAAAAAA